AUGACCACAGCGCGGGCAGAAGUCCUCGACGCCUUCUGCGUCCCAGACGAUCCCAUCUACAGCGCCAGCGCCAGCGCCAGCGCCAACGCGAGCGAGCCGGCGGCCGCACGGGACUGGUCACUGCGGCUCCGCGCGCCACUCAAGCCCGCUCUGCUGUGCCGCGACCCUGGCUUCGCCGAGUGGCGCGUCAACGCGCGCACCUACGGCCGCGCGGCCGCGCCCGGCGACUCCAGGUUCAGCUCCACCGUCCGCACGCUCGUCGGCGUGCACCCGCGCUUCCCGGCGCUGCUGCUCGACCCCGGCGGCACGGCGGAAGGCGACAAGCGCGUCCUGGGAGAGGCCGCGCUCGACUCGGACUCGCUGCCGGGCGGGGGUGCGGCGGGCGGUGCUGGGGGGCCUCUGCUGGAUGCGGUGGAAGUCUUUUGUCUGCCGCUGCGCGACCAAGUGGAUGCCGGCUUGGGGGGAGGUCAGGGAGGUGGACAUGUCGUGUGUCUGCUGCUUGCCCCGCAGCACCCGGGCUCCACGUUGUAUGUGCGCGUUGGGCUGGGGUUUGUCCAGGACACGGGGUGGUUUGGCGAGAAGGGAGACGGGUAUGAUGGGCAGCCGGUCGAUUGUGACAUUGUUUGA